CAAGCAUUCCGAUGUUUGUAUGUAUGAAUUUGCUUAAAUCGUAUAUCGAGUACUAUGAACCGAGUAACUCAGCGAGACGACAGUCUCACAAUUUACAGUUCAGUGGCAAAGUGACAAGCAGAAAACAAAAAUGGUCCUCGAAAGUACUAUGAUAUGUUUCGACAACAGUGAUUACCAGCGCAAUGGUGAUUACUUUCCAACACGCUUGAAUGUACAGAAAGAUGGCAUCAACCUGGUUUGCCUAACAAAGUUGAGGUCAAACCCGGAAAACAAUGUUGGCCUCAUGACUCUAUCGAACACCGUUGAAGUACUGGCUACCCUGACUAGCGAUGUGGGACGUAUAUUUUCAAAGAUGCAUUUGAUUCAGCCAAAAGGCGAGAUUAACCUUUUGACUGGCAUCCGCAUUGCGCAUUUGGUGCUGAAGCAUCGCCAGGGCAAGAAUCACAAGAUGCGGAUUGUUGUUUUUGUUGGAUCGCCAAUAAAGAACGAAGAAGGCGAGCUAGUGAAGCAGGCCAAGCGUCUAAAGAAGGAGAAGGUAAAUGUGGACAUUGUCAGCUUUGGCGAUCACGGCAACAACAAUGAAACUCUGACGGCCUUCAUUAAUGCGCUAAAUGGCAAGGAUGGGACUGGUUCCCAUUUGGUCAGUGUUCCUCGCGGUUCUGCAUUGUCUGAUGCAUUGUUGUCCUCACCAAUUAUUCAGGGCGAGGAUGGUAUGGGCGGCGCCGGUCUUGGUGGUGCCGUUUUCGAAUUUGGCGUCGAUCCCAAUGAAGAUCCGGAACUGGCUCUUGCCUUGCGUGUUUCAAUGGAGGAGCAGCGCCAACGCCAAGAAAGCGAACAGCGCCGGGCCAUGGCUGACGAUAACCCAACCACUGGGCCUGAUGGCGCACCUAGCUCUGGAACAACUAGUGGUGAUCGCGGAAGCGCAGGCGGCGUAACUGUGACCGAGCCCAAUUCUGAGGAGGCCAUGUUGCAGCGUGCUUUGGCCUUGUCAACUGAGACUCCUGAGGACAAUUUGCCCGAUUUCGCCAACAUGACAGAGGAAGAGCAAAUUGCGUUUGCUAUGCAAAUGUCUAUGCAGGACGCUGCCGAUGAGAAUGUUACCCAACAGGCAAAACGCCCGAAAACCGAUGAUGCUGCCACUCCCAUGGACGUUGAUGACGAUUAUUCUGAGGUGAUCGGUGACCCGGCAUUUCUCCAGAGCGUACUUGAGAACCUUCCUGGGGUGGAUCCUCAGUCGGAGGCGGUGCGUGAUGCUGUUGGCUCACUCAACAAAGAUAAGGAAAAGAAAAGCGAUACCAAGGAAGACAACCAGAAGAAAUAAAUUUGUUUUCGAAAUUGUAAUUUAAGUUUGAUAAAAAUCAUCUGUAUGCGCAUUGUAUUACUCAUAAAUGAAUCGUUUGUAAGCAUCUUCAAGUUGCAGAUUUUUUUAAAGUGCAAAUGUACUAAAGGAAAAUAUAAAGAGCAACGUAA